AAAACCGUUAUGUUCACUCAAAAAGAUUGAAGCGCGAUGUACUUUUCGUUACAUGUAGUAUGUUGAAAUUGAGCUCGUCGAAACUAAAUCAGAUUUUUCAGUACUGACAGUGAAUAACGGAACGCAGCCAGUGUGAUCACCAGACAGACAAUUGUCCGUUUCGCUUGCUCUGAAUGCACGUACAGUGCCGAAUGUGUGAGGUAAUAAUAACCAGAUGACAUAAAGUGCGUUUUAUCUCGUUUUAUUAUUUACGUUUUAUGUAUCGCGACCGAUAAAUUCGUGACGUGAAUUCGUGUAUUUUUUGCGUAAGUAAAAUGUGCGGGAUAACUUUUGUUCCGUAAUGUGUGAUGAGUGAUGUUCAGUGUAACUGAGUGAUUCCUGAUAUUCAUCGAUUCUUUCAUCAAGCUGACGCAAAACGGUAUAAGACAGGAUCUGUGGAUGCAAGCAGGUGGAGCAGACUGCAAUAUCCUAGCUUGUGCAGCUGAGGCGUACUUAGCUAGGAUACAACGAAUGAUUUCGUCAAUCCACUUAUGCCUAUCGUGUCGUUUUGAACAUUGCUUGCCGAUAUCAUUUGUUGGAAUCAUCGUAGAUUGAAAAUGCAUCGCAUUCGUAAAACUCUAGAAUUCGACAAUGGCAGGACAGCAGUUGGCAGUGCGGUGGCUGCAGCCGACACCAUUUCCGCGCCGUGGACCCCCGCGAGUUCCGGGCCGCCGCCCGAUGCCAACGGCUCCGGCUCGGAUACGAAGAACCUCGACGUUGGCGAAAUUAGCGAUGACGAGAAGGACCUGUCGGCAGCGGACGCGGAGGGUGUGUGGUCGCCGGAUAUCGAACAGAGCUUCCAGGAAGCUCUUACCAUAUAUCCGCCAUGCGGUCGACGCAAAAUCAUCCUUUCCGACGAAGGGAAGAUGUACGGUCGCAACGAGCUGAUCGCCCGUUAUAUCAAAUUGAGGACCGGUAAGACGAGAACGCGAAAACAAGUAUCUUCACACAUACAAGUUCUCGCGAGAAGAAAACUCCGGGAAAUACAGGCGAAACUUAAAGUGGAUCAUGCCGCCAAGGAGAAGGCGCUCCAGACAAUGUCGAGCAUGUCGAGCGCCCAGAUAGUAUCAGCAGGAAGUGCGAUACACAACAAGAUGCCCCCCGCCCUCGUGGGGCCCCUUGCCCUUCAUGCUUCCACCCCUGUGUCCUAUCCCGGAGCGCAAUUCUGGCAGCCAGGCCUGCAACCGGGAACAUCCCAGGAUGUCAAGCCGUUCCCUCAGCCUGCCUACACCGGCAAACCGGCGACGGCAGUCUCGAGCGGAGACAUAGUCCAGGCGCAACCUCCACCGCCAUGGGAAGGACGAGCCAUCGCGACUCACAAGCUCAGGCUCGUCGAAUUUUCGGCCUACAUGGAACAGCAAAGAGAUCAGGACAUUUACCACAAACACUUGUUCGUCCAUAUAGGAGGUUCUGCAACUUACGCGGAUCCUCUGCUAGAAGCGGUCGACGUUAAACAGAUAUAUGACAAAUUCCCGGAGAAAAAAGGCGGCCUCAAGGAACUUUAUGACAAAGGACCGCAAGCGGCCUUUUUCCUCGUUAAAUUUUGGGCUGAUCUCAAUAGUAACAUCCAGGACGAAGCUGGAGCAUUCUACGGCGUCACGAGCCAAUAUGAGAGCAACGAGAACAUGACGAUAACGUGUUCGACGAAAGUAUGCUCCUUCGGAAAACAGGUGGUGGAGAAGGUGGAGACGGAAUACGCCAGGUUUGAGAAUGGCAGGUUUGUUUACCGUAUUAGCCGUUCACCUAUGUGCGAGUAUAUGAUAAAUUUCAUCCACAAACUGAAGCACCUGCCAGAGAAGUACAUGAUGAACAGCGUUCUCGAGAACUUCACCAUCCUCCAGGUUGUCACGAACAGGGAUACGCAGGAAACAUUAUUGUGUACGGCAUAUGUGUUCGAAGUUUCAACAUCUGAACACGGUGCUCAGCAUCACAUAUACAGAUUGGUCCAAGACUAGCCUGCUUGAACCUGCUCGCCAUGCAGCCAUCCACCCCCAUCAGUGCCUACCAUCACAUAAAAAUCAUCCAUACGCGUAUACAUAUAUGAUUAUAUUGUGAAAACAGAAUACAAUACACAUACAGUACACACAUACACUCUCAUGCAUACAUAUAACAUACAUAACGCGCGCGCGCGCGAUAUAUUGCGUGAAUAUGUCGGUGUAAUUACGCUUACACUGAUGCAAGAAUAUUUUCGCGUCCAUAGUUAGGUGAGUUUCGAUGGAAAAUAUUCGAUCGAUGACGUGUGAAGAAAAUUACUCUCCAAACGGGUGUAAAUACUGGGCAAAUAAUGGGUGUCAUAAAUGUAGCGUCCUCGAUCCGACAGACAAAUUAAUUUAAAGGCACGGAAUUCUAAGUAUUGUAUAAUAAAUAUCGUAAUUGCUCCAAAUGUCUCAUUUUCAUCGUUAAACUCGCGUAACAUAUGUAACAUUGCAAACUAAAAUAGAGAAAAUGUAUUGCGAACGUUUUCCGUGAAACUCCUUAAAAGGACUCUAAUACACAUAUAUGUACACACACGUACGAUAGAGUACUGGCCAGCCCGAGCUUGAGUUUGAUUCAAAGUUUAUACUUUUAAAAACUUAUUGGGUCUAAGCGCUUGACGUACUGUAAGAAGAAAUUCUUGCAUGUAUGCUGAGCACAACAUGUCUUUAAUAUAUCACACAGUUAUAAAUUUUAUAAUAAAAUAGAUGUAAUCAUAUGUAUAAUAUAUAUAUAUAUAUUUUAUGAUCACACAAUCAUCAUCCAUUUGAUCGGCGAAUUGGUUCGUCGGGAUUUUAAUAAAGGGGAUAUAUACAAUAAAUUAAGUUAAAAUUGACAAUAAAUUUUGGUAUAAUACUGCGUAAAGAUAUAAGCAUGCACCAAAAGCGGGAAAAAAAAGAAAAACGAAGAAACAGACUCUGACCUCGGAAAGGCAUGGUACCCCCAACAUGAUUUAGUAUUAUAGUUUUAUUAUUAAAUUAGACGAUAUAGAACCGACAAGACAUCCACACACAAAUAUACAUACAUAUGAAUAAGAGUAUCUAUGUUAAAUACUAAUGCAAUUACGAUUUACAUUGUUAUAAAUGAACAUGUAUAAAGUUAUCUAAGUGAUUUCUAAGUUUUAAAAGAAAUGGAGGUUUGUGACCGAGAGAUAUGCCAUUAUGACUUUUUAAGUGCUACAUUGCAUUGCAGUUAAAUAUUAUUUUUAAUUAUCAAAAUUAGAUCAAGAAAAAUUAAGCAUCAUAUAUCAAGUUUAUCAACAAGAGUUUCUUUAAGCUGUUUAGCAAAAUUGCUUUUCUUAUCAUUAUUGCUUCUAUAUCAUACGAGAACUCUCAUCAUUAUGAGAAUUAAUCUUCAAUGAAUAAAUUGAUAGAAAGAGAAGAAUGAUGAUCACACUUACACAUAUAUUUUUAAAAUACGAUCUUUUAAAAUGCACUUGAUAAUGUGCAAACCCACCCACUCUUUUUAGGCAGCGACACUUAGGUUAGAGGGAUGUGUUUGUAUUUCUUAUAAUCGCCUUACUUUGUAUUCUAAGGUCAUUUUCUAUAGUUCUUACUGAUGGAUGAUUUUUCUUACUUAGCGUACUCUGUUUGUUUUUAUCUUUCUACUACACUUACAAACCGAUAUAUCAGAUUAUUAUUGAUUAUGUCGAUCGAAGAACAGAUCACCAUCAUGGAAUAUAUAAUUAUGUGAUAGGAACUUAGAUUUCUCCGAAACUCAACCUUGGCAUUUUUCACCAGGAGUGUAUUGAAAUCUAUCUCGAAACAUGUAAUAAGACAUAUGGCGGCCUCGUCGUAAUAUACAGAGCGUUAAUAUUCUAAUUAUAAUACAUUCUUUGAUAAUUCUAUGAUGAUUUCAAUGCCGCAUAACAAAUCUCUGUACUUUAAAAGUAUUUUUUAGAUUACUGAUAACAGAUCAAUGCUCUGUUGCGAAACAUUUCGUACUUAAUAAUAUAAUUUAUACGUUUUGACAUACAUGGACCAUGGAGAAUUCGUAUACAGAGAUUUUUCAUGAAUUCAAUGGCAAUUGUUUAAACAAGUAGAAGAUCAUGUCCUGCAGUUGACUUUAUUUAAUCGCAUCUCUCAUAUAGACUAUUCUGUGUAAAUACACAGAAAAUUUUUACUUAUUCUUUAAUCCGAGCUGUUGUGUGUUCCCGAAACAAGGACUUGCCUAUCGAGCAGUGAACAUUAACAUAAGAAAGAAAAGAUCGUGUAUAUUUUAAGAAGAUAAUAUUACUUAUUGGCUUAGUUUACACCGAUUGUUUAGUACGCGUACCAAGUGCUAAAGCAGCUUCUUUGAUUGGUGUAGACUUUACGCUAAACGAUUUAUAUCUAUCGGAGAAGCAGAUUUAGUAUUUGGUACGCGUACUAAACAAUUGUAAACUAAGCCAUUGUAUUCUUACUUUAAUUUUUACGGAACAAGUGGCAAUGUAUUUUGAUCUCUCUUUUAGUCAGAAAUAUGUCGCUUUUUAUUUGAGAUGAGAAGUGAAUUUACUAUAUGGUUGACUGGAGUAGAAAAGAAUUUAUGUUUAAUAUGUGAAUGUUUUUUUUUUUGUUUGAAAACUGGCAGCUUUCAUAUCUUUUACUUAUUGUUACCGUUUUCUUUUUUCUUUUUUUCGUUUAUCUAGUAUCCAUUUGAGAGUGAUCUUCAAAGUGAGAGGAAUAAAAGAGUACUACCUUGUAGUACUUUCUAGUGGUAUUUCUAUUUGUCUGUAUGACUUUCGUGAGAGUGAUUCUGAGCAGCAUUUCUCUCAAAUAGAUAUUAGUCAGUAGUAAUUCAUCAUUUCGUUUUUUUUUAAUUACUUAUUGCAUCUUUUUUCAAUAUAAAUUGUGAUUUUGCAAAUCACAAUCAAACUGGAAUUGUAACCACAGCCAUGUUAUAUGCGAAUAAGUUUUAUGCGAUACCUUGCUUGUUAGUAUCCAUUAGAAACAAAGUUUUUUAUUUUGCAAUUUUUGUAAUUUCGAUAAAUAUAACACGUAACGUUUUCGUAAUGUUAUAUGUUUAUGAUGGAUGAAAAUAGAAUUUGUGCUUAUACUUCGAAUUUCUUAGUAAUACAUUAUUGUUUUCAAAACUGCGCAAUAUUUUUGAAAGAUACUCAUAGGAAUUCGGUUCCGUCGUACAGAUUUUUAUUUUGGAAUGGAAAUUCGAAGACAAAUGGAAGGAGUAUGAAACUGAAAAAGAGGAGCACCGACACUAAUAUUAUUAACAUUUACGCGUAAUGAUUUUAAAAUAAGCGAAUUACAUUUAUAAGGAAAGAUUAUAAAAAUAUAUAUUUAUCUAUGUCUUCUGUGAAGAUAGAAAAUAGUACUCUCUCACUCUAUAUCGAUGAUAUCGGAAAUCGAGGCCCGACAAAAAAAAGAAAUACAAAACGCAGAAGUAGACUAAGGAAAAGAAGAAAAAGGAACAACUCGCAUACACAAUGUACACAAUACAUACAAUACGAUCAAAUUUGUUAAAUAUCUUUGUACAUAUUUACACGAAGACCAUGAGAAAUUGUUCAAGUUCCAGCAGCUACAUUUUUGUAAUAAGUAUUCGCGCGAGAAGAGAAACCUUUGGCUUGCAGCUCCUUAUAAAUCCACUUUUAUAUUUUGAAAUUAAAAUGUAUAAAAAUUGUUAAUAUUUUCAUAGAGAUGAUACAUGCAAUAUUUUAAUACAAAAAUAGAUGGUUAUGUUUAAUUUUUAUUUAGCAUAUUUUCUAUUAUCGUUUAUUUCAGUAUUGUAUCAUUGGACAGUUAUAUGCAUGUAUAAUAUCUGGAUGAAUAAGAUUUAUUAAAUAAUUCAUGCGUAGUUGCUUUAUUUCUUAACUCUUAUCGAUGAGUAUAACAGAAGAGUAAAAUGCUCUUGUUAUAUUUUUGUCUCGUUAAAUUCAAUUUUAUCUCUAUGAAAAUAUUGACUGUACAAUUGGCCUCUUAAUUUAUUUGACGAAACCUCCAAAAUUUUGCAUUCCUUUGAAAUUCUAUUUAUUCAUAUCCUGGAACUGCCAUAUCAAAGAAUUGAGCUUGAUUGUAAAGAUGAUUAAAAAAUAUUGAUCAGA